ACUGGGGGAACUUAGCUAUUAGUGUAGCAGGGUCAUGAAGAAGAGGCGGCGGCGGGAGGAAGGAGGAGGUGGCGGGGGUGAGAAACUGCGGUAGCUGUCCGCUGGCCUGGUGGCGUGGCUGUGUGGAAAGGGCGUAGUUCUUAACCCCUUCUCCGGGCAGCGGCCGGGGCUCGGGGCUGAGAGCGGCCGUGGGGCCGCAUCCCCGGGCCCCCUGGCUCCGCCAUGUUCCGCAGGGCACGCCUUAGCGUGAAGCCGAAUGUCAGGCCUGGUGUAGGCGCCAGGGGUUCUACCGCUCCCAACCCCCAACGUGGACAAGAGGCUCCGAGGCCCCAGGAUCCUGCCCCGGCUUCUUCCCCGAAGCCAGCGGAGUCUACAGAUGUGCCCUCGGUGGACUGCGGGGCAUCCGAGCCCCAAGAAAAGGCUCCCAGGAGCAGUGAUGAAAAGACUGACAGUGAGAAUUAUGUUGAAGAAUCCAGUAAAUCUUCCUCUACUGUUUCACAGAGAAGAAAGAGAAUAUCAAGUACUCCUACUCUGGUUAAGCCUGGUGUCAAUGUUCCUUCAGAAUCUCAUCCCUUAUCUACAGUUAAUCAAGAAGUUCCACAACCAAACCCUGUUUCAACAAAAGAGAAACAGCCAUGUUCAGACAGAUACCGAUUAUAUAAAGCCCAGAAACUAAGAGAAAUGUUAAAAGAAGAAUUAAGAAAAGAGAAGAAGCAAUGGAAAAACAAAUAUGCCAUAAAUGAAAGUCAGAAGCCACCAGAUCGUUCAAAAAUGACUAUGAGAGAUUUCAUAUAUUACCUGCCAGAUAACAAUCCAAUGACUUCUUCACUGGAGCAAGAAAAGAAAACUGAAAAAUCAUUGACGCCAGUCCAGACAAGAGAGCAAGAAGGUAAGAGUACUCCUGAUACGGCAGAUAACGAAGAACUAGAAGAAGAGGUAGAUGACGGGCCAUUGCUGGUUCCUCGAGUAAAAGUGGCAGAAGAUGGUUCCAUUAUUUUGGAUGAAGAAAGUUUAACUGUAGAAGUUUUAAGGACAAAAGGCCCCUGUGUGGUUGAGGAAAAUGACCCCAUAUUUGAGCGUGGUUCUACAACUACAUAUUCCAGCUUUAGGAAGAACUAUUAUUCUAAACCAUGGUCAAAUAAAGAAACAGAUAUGUUUUUUUUAGCCAUCAGCAUGGUAGGAACUGACUUUUCUAUGAUCGGACAGCUUUUUCCUCACAGAGCAAGGAUAGAAAUUAAGAAUAAAUUUAAACGUGAAGAGAAAACAAAUGGAUGGAGAAUAGACAAAGCCUUUCAGGAAAAGCGCCCUUUUGACUUCGAUUUUUUUGCUCAUUUGCUUCAGAAAGUUCUUGCUGAAGAAGAGAAAAGAAAACAAAAAUCUGUUAAAAAUCAGAGUUUAAAGGAGAAGAAAUCCUCUAAACCACGGAAAAAUGUAAAAGUGAAUAAAGUUGCCAGUGAAGAAGGAAAUGAUGAUCCAGAUGUGUCUCCGAGCACCAAAAUUUCAGACACAGAAUCACCUCAAAAGGAUGCUCAGAUAGUUGAAGAAGAACAACAGUCUCAGACUUUAACAGGACAGGAUUCAGAACAGAUUGCAUUAGAACCAAACCUAAAUCAAAAGAAAAAAAGAAGAAAGAAUCAGGAUGAAGUUGGUAAACAGGAAGUAAAAAAUCUUUCAGGAAAUGCCACUGUUCAGUUAGGUCAUUCUAAAGGAGAAAAAUACAAAAAUAAAGGUCAGUCUUUAAGGCCUGAGAUAAAUGAAGAUGAAGUCAAUAAGGAACAGAAGCUUUCCUGCAUACGAAACAUGGAUGACAUUGUGGAUUUAUCCUCCAGUGAAAAAGCUGAGAAAAGAGCUGACCCUAUCCUUUUAUCAAGUGAUCAACAAGAUGCAACCUCACUAGCAACUGAAGCUUCAGAAUCAAGCCCUUCAGAUUUGCCUUUAUCAGAAACUGGAAUUACCUCAGUGUGUGAAGUGAAUAAUGUUGAAAGUAGUUGUACAGAAGAAAGCAGUGUUGACCUAAAAAAUAAAUCAUUGGAAACUGAUCAGUCAGGAAAUGUUAAACUGAUGGGAAGAAGACAACUACAGAGACCCAAACCCAAUUUAUCAAGGGCAGUUGGGAAGAAAUCUGUUCUUUCACAAGGUAAAACAGAUGCAGAGAACAAGAGUUUACGUGCAGAAACUUCAGUUGAAAAGAAUCAUAUGGAAAAGGAUAAAGUGAAAACAUUGGACAUUUCUGGAAUGGGGAAUACAGAGAGAGAGAACCCAGAAGCUGAGACUGUAUCUACUUCUAGUGAAAAAAUUGGUCUGCAGGAAGAUGAUCAAACGAAGGCUGUCAGACCAGCACGACUAAUGAGGGGCCGAUUGCAAAGGCCGAAGCCAAAUGUAGGUAAAGCUGCUGAAAGAAAAGAAAUUCUUGCAUCACAGGAAAAAAUUGAGGCCAAUGUAAAAAAGAGUGAAAGUCAAUCCUGUAUUACUAGAGAUAGUCCUGAACAAGUAGAAGAUCAGUCAUGUAAAAAUGUUGACUUUGAAGACAUCACAUUACAAUCUGAGAAAGAAGAUAAUUUUUUUCAAAUGAACAUUAAUGAAUGUGUAAGUAUUCAAGAAGAUAAUAAAGUCCCAGUUCUAAAGACUCGAUUUCAGAAACCAAAGCCAAAUAUAGGAAGAGGAGCUAGAAGAAGAGAAGUUCUCUCAAAGAAAGAGGUGUCAGAGGAGAUUGUUGCAUCUGGGCAAUUCACAGCACCUUUGAGAGAAAUUACGAGAGUGGAAGAAACCUUACCAAGGGAGAGGGUAUUAGUGGAGGCUAAUACUACUAAGGAAAUGGAGUCAUAUUUAAAAAAAACUGAAAGAGACAACUCUCCUAGAGAGAAGAUACCAGAAAUGAUGGACAACACUGUAGAUAUGGAGACAGAUUUGAAAGAAACUGGAAGAGAGGUUUCGCCAAGGGACACUAUAUCAGAGGUGUCUGAUGUCACUGAGGAAAGAGUGACAGAUUUGGAAGAAACUGGAAGAGAGGUUUCCCCAAGGGACACUAUAUCAAAGGUGUCUGAUGUCACAGAGGAAAGAGUGACAGAUUUGGAAGAAACUGGAAGAAGAGAAAUAUCCCUACAGGAAAAUACCUUGGAGGUCAGCACUACAGAUGAAGUAGAAACAGGUUUAGAAGAAACUGGAAGCGAGGUUUCCCCAAGGGACACUAUAUCAGAGGUGUCUGAUGUUACUGAGGAAAGAGUGACAGACUUGGAAGAAACUGGAAGAAGAGAAAUAUCCCUACAGGAAAAUACCUUGGAGGUCAGCACUACAGAUGAAGUAGAAACAGGUUUAGAAGAAACUGGAAGCGAGGUUUCUGUAAGGGAAAAUGUACCAGAGAUGGUUGAUGCUACUGAGGACAGAGAAACACAUUUGGAAGAAACUGAAAGAAGAGAAAUAGACACAGAAGGAAAGGCCCCACAGGUCAAGACUCAAGGUGAAAUGGAGACAGAUUGGAAAGAAAUUGAAAAAGGAACUUCCCUGAGGGAAAAGGUACUAGUGGGGAUCAGUGCCAUAGGGGAAAGGGAGAUUGAUUUUAAAGAAACUGGAGAAAGAGAUCUUUCUGUGAUGGAAGAGGUAUCAGGAAAGACGACUGCUACUGAAGAAACAGAGGCGGAAUCAGAAGAAACUGGAGGAGACAUUUCCCUGAAGAAAAGCAGAUCAGACGAGAUUAAUGCCCCUGAAGAAAUGGCUGCAGAUUUGGAAAAAACUGGAAAAAUAGACAUUUAUCUAAGGAAAAAUGGAGAAGAAGAGGCUGGGACCUCAAGACAAAUGGACACAGAUUUAAUGCAGAGCAAUAGUAGUUGCUGCAGCACUAUGCCUUCACUAAAUAUCAAAAACGUUAGCUGUGAAGUACUAUCCAUGGUGUGUACACCUGAAGAAGAAAAAAGGAAUUCUGAAAAGGAACUGUCAGGUCACUUGAGUUGUUUGAAGACUUCUUUGCAGACUUCUGAACCUGAUAAAACAGAAGACCAGGGGAUGCUGUCUCCAGAUGUUCCAGAGCAGUUUUCAGAUAUUAAUUUAAGCAAAUCUCUUCCUCAAGAGCAGAAGCCACUUGAAGUUAAACCAGCACCUUUUGUGAGAAGUCGAUUCAAAAAACCAAAACCAAACUUAGCAAGAGCAACUUUAAAGAGAGAGACUACAGUAGCAGAAAAAUACGUAUCUGGGAAGAAAUUGGAAACUGAUACUGAGACUGUUGUGGUACAGCAGAGCAGUGAACAGAUAAACACUCUCCCUUCUCAACAUGGUGUGGCUUCCCUAAUGACAUCAAGAGAAAAAGACACAUUAGGUCACAGGGAGGAGGAGUCUGUAAUAUUACCAUGUAUACAGACUGAAAAGGACCUUUCACCUUCGAGUUCUUGUGAUCCUAAAGAGAUGUCUCAGCCUACACAGGCCCAGGAAAAGGAAUUAGUUGUUUCUACGGGGGCUCAUAAUACAAACACUUUGCAGCAAGAAGUGAAGGAAAGCAUUAUCCCAACUGCUCAAACAGUAAGGAGCCGAUUUCAGAGACCCAGACCAAACAUAAGAAAGACUGGACAGAGACAAAUAGAAAGAGUUGAAGCUGAAGGCAUAAUUAAGGAAGAAAGAACGAUAGUACAAGAAGAUAAAACUAAAAAGUUCUUGACUCUGCCAAAUUCUCCAGUUGGAACUGAAAUUGAAGUUGUAUCCUCCAAAGUUUCAGAGUCACAGUAUGAAAACCAGAGUCACAUGGUUCUUGUAGAACCUCUUCAUCUUAACAAAAUAAAUGUUUUAGAUGAAAAGAUGAGACAUGAACCUAAAAGGUCUGUUCCUAGUCCAGCACAUUUGGUAAGAAGGCAAUUCCAAAAGGCUAAGCCAAAUUUGGGAAGAGCACAUGGUAAGAAAGAGGAACCAGGCAUAGAAAAAGACAGAGCAGAUCAGAGUGAGGCAAGGAAGCCAGAAGAUAAUUUGCUGCAGCCAGGGGAUUCUGACACUCAUCUCCUUCAAAAAGAAAAGGCUGAGUUUCUGACAUCUUUGGAGGUUUCAGCAAGAAAAGAUUGUGUAGAUUCCACAGAGGCUAGUUUGGCCAAAAACAAUGCUCAUUCAGAAGUUGGACCAUCAGGAAGCGUUGGAGAAAAAACUGUAGGGGAUAAAUCUGUGUCUUCAGUUGCUGAAGAGCAGUGUCUCAGUAAACUAUCAAGCUCUCCACAGCUGUUAAAAGAAUCAAAUUACUCUAAAUUUGGUCUGGAUCGAAGAGCAACUGUCUCUUCUGCUUCUGAGUGUGAGGUGGAUCAUAGCGGGAGGAGAAUGCAUCGCAGGAUGAAACCAACUGUCACCAGAGGGCGUGGAUCAAAACGUGUUCGAAGUAAGACCUCUAAGAAGGAACCUCGAGCUUCCAAGGCCACGCUGGUGACUCUUCGGGCUUCGCAGGAAGAAGAUGAAGAUGAUGAUGAAGAUUUUGAGCCUGAUUAUGAAGACGAAAGUUACCAUCUUGCUCCAGAAGAAGUAAACAAAGCUCCAGUGUUUGUUCCCAUUGGUCUCAGGUCUCCCGAACCUGUUUCUGCUCAGAUCGAGGAAACGAUGGAAGAGCUUGAAAUAACUGUGAAUGUACCAGAUAUAGGCAUAGCUGUUGUUGAACAUCCACUCUCAAACACAAAUGUGACUACUCAGGAGAUGAAACAAGAAGAAAAUUUGAAGGCAUUAUCUGUUGAAAUGAACACAGGUGAACAUGCCCAAGAUGAAACAGGUACCAAUGAUGGAAGCACUGAAGCUGCUAUAACUUUACUUACAAUGGGAGAUCUAGUGUUGCAAUCAGAGAUCGGUACAGAACAGAGUGAUGGAGUAUGUGUACUUCUUGAUGUUCAUUCAAAGGAUAAAAGCUGUGUUCCUUUUAGCCCAGAUAAUGUAAAUCACAAAAUUGUUCGUGAAUGUCAGGAACUUUCUUCACCUGUCAAUAGUACAUCUCCUUCUUCAUUAGAAGAAAACAAGAUUGUAUUGGAAGAGCAAAGUACUAAAGAAGAAAUUGGUUUAGUGGAGAAAGUAAAGGAAAACGCUGUAUCAACCAGGAAUACAACUUUUGAAGUGACCGGUAAUUUGAGAAUGAGAAGUAGAUUUGCUAAGCCUAAACCAAAUCUUAAGACUUUUGGGACCAGCAGGUUUGGUGUUCAUCAGGAAGUUCCCAAUUUGUUUGUAAACAAAGAAGUAGUAGUAGAAAGUCAAAGAGGCUCCACGCCCAGCGUGGAGCCCAACGCGGGGCUUGAACUCACGACCCUGAGAUCAAGACCUGAGCUGAGAUCAAGAGUCGGAUGCUUAACCGACUGAGCCACCCAGGUGCUCCAAUCUGUGCUCAUUUUUAAAUUGGGAUACUUGUUUUUUUAUUAUUGAGUUCUUUAUAUAGUAGCACUUGGUUUUUAAAGAUUUCAUUUAUUUAUUUGAGAGAGAGUGAGGGAGGGAGAGAGAGCACAGAGGGAGAAGCAGACUCCCUGCUGAGCAGAGAGCCUGACAUGGGACUCAAUCCCAGGACCCAGAGAUUAUGACCUGAGCCGAAGACAGACACUUAACGGACUGAGCCAUCUAGGUGCCCCAGUAGUACUCUGUUUUUAAAGAUUAGUAUAUUGAAAAAAAUCUUUCUAUAUGAUUACAUAGUGUUCUCUUUCAUUUUCUUAAUGGUGGCCUCACUAGAUUGUGCUGUACAUGUUGAAUCCUACUCCUACUUCCUUUUCCACCUCCCCUCCCUGUCAAGGGCCCAGCCCCUUCACAUGCUAGUAAGAGCAGGAAAAACUGUAUGUAGUAGGCUAUCUGAUUGUCUUAAGCCCUAUAGGUAGAUGAUCUGGAUAGUUAGCAUCAUCUUUGCCGUGUUUUGGGGUUCCUGAUUUCUGGGAUUUCCUUUCAACCAGCAAUGCUUAUGAUUCAGUUAGUUAAUUUACUCUGAGUUCAGAAAUACCCUGAAGCUAUUUCAGUGUGCAGGCUGAAGUUACCUCUUUUAUUUUUAUUAAAAAUUUGUUUUUAUUAGAGUGUGGUUGACCCACAAUGUUACAUUAGUUUCAGGUAUACAACAGUGAUUCAACAAGUUUGUACAUUGUGCUAUGCUCACCACAAGUAGAGCUGCCAUUUGUCACUAUAUAAUGCUAUUACAGUACCGUUGACUAUUCCUUAUGCUGUGCCUUUUAUUCCCAUGACUUAUUCAUUCCAUAACUGGAAGCGUGUAUCUCCCACUCUCCUCCCACUUUGUCUGUCCUCCUACUCCCCUCUGGAAGCCAUCAGUUCUUUGUAUUUAUAGGUCUGAUUAUGCUCUUCGUUUGUUUAUUCAUUUGCUUUCUUAAGAUUCCAUAUAUGAGUGAAAUCAUAUGGUAUUUGUCUCUCUCAGUUUGACUUACUUCACUUAACAUAAUACCUUCUAGGUCCAUCCGUGUUGUCAAAAACAGCCCAAUCUCAACCUUUUAAUGGCUUUGUCAUAUUCUAUUGUGUGUAUCACAUCUUCCUUAUCCAUUCAUGUACUGAUGGACACUUAGGUUGCUUCCAUAUCUUGGCUAUUGUAGAUAAUGCUGCAGUAAAUAUCGGGGUGGUACAUAUAUCUUUUGAAUUAGUGUUUUCAUUUUUUUUGUGUAAAUACCUAGUACUGGAAUUUAUUCAACCAUAUGGUAUUUUUAUUUUUAAUUUUUGGAAAAACAUCCCUACUAUUUUCCACAGUGGCGGCACUAAUUUACAUUCCUACCAUUAGUGCACAAGGGUUCCUUUUUCUCUAUAUCCUUAUUAACACUUGUUAUUUCUUUUUCUUUUGUUUUGUAUUUAGCCAUUUUGGUUGUGAUAUCUUGUGGUUUUGAUUUGCAUUUCUCUGAUGAUUAGUUAUGUUGAGCAUCUUUUCAUAUGUCUGUUUUUCAUCUGUAUAUCUUCUUUUGAAGAAUGUCUAUGCAGGUCCUGUGCCCCUUUUUUUGUUUUUGUUUUUUUUAAAUAGGCUCCGGGCCCAGCAUGGAGCCCAGUGCAGGGCUUGAAUUCGUGACCCUGAGAUCAAGACCUGAACUGAGAUCAGCAGUCAGACAUUUAACUAACUGAGCCACCCAGGCACCCCAUCUGUGCCCAUUUUUUAAUAGGAUUGUUUUAUUUUUUGGUGUUGAGUUACAUAAGUUCUUUACGUAUUUUGGGUACAAACUCCUUAUCAGAUGUAUCAUUUGCAAAUAUUUUCUCCUAAUCAGUAGGUUGCCUUUUCAUUUUGUGGAUGGUUUCCUUUGCUGUGUAAAGCUUUUUAUUUUGAUGUAGUCCCAAUAGUUUAUUUUUACUUUUGUUUCCCUUGCCUCUGGAGACAUAUCUAGAAAAAUGUUGCUACAGCUGAUGUCAGAGAAAUUAUUGCCUGUGUUUUUUUCUAGGAUUUUUAUGGUUUGGUCUCACAUUAAGAUCUCUAAUCCAUAUUGAGUUUAUUUUUUGUAUAUGGAGUUAGAAAGUGGUCCAGUUUCAUUCUUUGGCAUGUAGCUGUCCAGUUUUCCCAGCACCAUUUAAUGAAGAGAAUGUCUUUUACCCAUUGUUUAUUCUUGCCUUCUUUGUCCUAGAUUAGUUGACCAUAUAAGUGUGGAUUUAUUUCUGGACUCUAUUUUCUUCCACUGAUCUAUUUUUGUGCCAGUACAGUAUUGUUUUGAUUACUGUAGCUUUGUAGUAGAUCUUGAAAUCUGGAAUUGUGAUACCUCUUACCUUUGUUUUUCUUUCUCAAGAUUACUUUGACUCUUCAGAGUCUUUUGGUGGCUCCAUACAAAUUUUAGUAUUACUUGGUCUAGUUUUGUGAUAAAUGCUGUUGGUAUUUUGAUAGCGAUUUGAAGGUAACUCUUUUAUGUAGAAGUCAUUUUUUACUUCUUUGUGAUAUUCUUUUUUUUUUUUUAAACUUUUUAUUUUUUUUUUAAAGAUUUUAUUUAUUUGACAGAGAGAGACAUAGUGAGAGCAGGAACAAGCAGAGGGAGUGGGAGAGGGAGAAGCAGGCUUCCCGCGGAGCAGGGAGCCCGAUGUGGGACUCGAUCCCAGGACCCUGGGAUCGUGACCUGAGCCGAAGGCAGACGCUUAACGACUGAGCCACCCAGGCGCCCUCUUUGUGAUAUUCUUUUUAGAAUAACUCCCUCCCCAACUUUGCCCAAGGUGGAACUAGCCAGACCUCAUGUGUACCCACUUCUAAACUUGAUUUGUAUAUGGGUUUGUAAUUACACUGCUGUCACCAUAGAGUGGACAUAAAACUGUGGCAGCCACGAGCGAAAUAUGUGCAGUGUAGGAUUUGUUAAUCAUUUGUAUCAAAAAUCUCAUUGGCCAGGACCACUCUUCUGCCAUAUGAAUAAGCUUGAUUUUUGGAGUAAGAGAAAUUUGGAAGAGCCACUAUAUAGUGAUCUGUCGUUGAAGAGAGAACAUAUUUCUAAUAUAGCAGUUUUAG